AUGAUGAUUCAUAUUGACGAGCGUCCUAAAUGUUUCAAAAAUUGGCUUCAUGAGACAGUUAUAGUCAUUCUAAUGAUGUUGGCACAAUUGUUAAGUCAAAUUGCAAUGUUUCAAUCUCACCCAGUGAUGAACAUUUUGGAAAAGGCUUUUAAAAAUGUUAACGGUUAUGAAAAAGUAUGGUUAUUAGCAAGUAGUCCUUUAACGACUGGUGCCUUUAUUUUGAUAUCAGGAAAAUUUGGUGAUCUUUAUGGAUUAAAGAUUGUUUUAAUGUGUGGUAUAACAUGGUGUUGUAUCUGGACAUUGCUUAGUGGAAUAUCAAGAUAUUCCGAAUCUUUAAUCUUUUUCUGUAUCUGUCGUGCUUUUCAAGGAAUAGGAUUAGCAUUUAUAUUACCUACUGCUAUUGGAAUUGCUGGUAAUUUAUACCCAAAUGGACAAAGAAAAGCUAUUGUCUUUUGUUUGAUUGCUUCUUGUGCACCAUUAGGUGCUGCUUUAGGUUCAGUAUUUGGAGCUUUAACCGGUCAAUUUGGUCAUUGGGAAUGGGGGUUUUAUUCAAAUGCAAUUGUAUUGUUUUUGAUGGGUAUUGGAGUUCAACUUGUCGUACCAACGAUCACUCCUCAUCCAGCUCAAUUGGGAAUGGAUUGGCCAGGUGCAGUUACAGGAGUGGUAGGAUUACUGUUGUUUAAUUUUGCAUGGAAUCAAGCACCUGCUGCUGGUUGGGAUAGUCCAUACAUUAUUGUACUUUUAAUUAUAGGUAUAUUAGCUCUUGCAUUAUUUUUUUAUGUCGAGAAGAAAGUGAAGUCUCCAUUGUUACCUAGUGAGAUUAUGGAUAUUAAUAUCCUAUUAACACUUACAGUGACCUUUUUAGGAUGGGGUAGUUUUUCGAUUUGGUCAUACUACCAUUAUUGUCUGCUUUUAAAUUUGAGACAUUACAAUCCAUUGGAAAGUGGUGCAACAUUUUGUAAUUUUGCAGUCUUUGGUUCUUUGGCUUGUUUCAUUGUGUCCAUGUUAAUUAAAAAGGUUAAACCUUCAUACAUUUUGUUGGCCUCCAUGUGUGCAUUUUUUGUGGGGAUAGCUAUGCUUUCUAAAACUCCAAUUCAUCAAACUUUUUUUAACAUGUCAUUUGCUCAGAUGGUAAUAUUAAGUUUUGGUAUGGAUUUAUCAUUUCCUGCUGCAUUAUUAAUUUUAUCUGAUGCUUUACCUAAAAAGCAUCAAGGGAUGGCUGGGUCUUUAGUGUCAACCAUGGUCAACUAUUCCAUGUCAAUUGGUCUAGGGAUUGCUGCUACAGCAGAAGUUCAAAUUUACGAGAAGACAUCAGAUCUUUUAAAAAGUUAUAGAGCAGCAAUGUAUGUUGGAAUUGGAUUUGCAGUUGCAGCUAUUCUUUUGAACAUUGUUCAAGUCAUGGUUUCCUACAAUUGGAAUGAUGAGAAGAUCGAAAAGCGAGAACACGCUUGUCUUUGA